GCCAAAACAAUCUCUGCGGAAUGCGAAGAACCGGCACUGCAGGACAAAGUGAUCCAUUCGGCAACGCAGUGCGCUUUUGCCACCUCGCAACUGGUGGCCUGUGCUCGAGUGGUAGCUCCAACAAUCGAGUCACCGGCCUGUCAAGAACAGCUAACUGCUGCUGCAAAACAGGUCGCUCGGGCGGUCGAGGAUUUGUUGGUGGAUGCACAAGCGGCGUGCAAGCGAAGUAUCACCGAUGGCCAGCGAUCUUACGGUGAUAUCCAUGAAGCCGCUCGGCAGGUCACCACGGCACUUGAUGAAUUGCUGCUGCACGUAAAAACAUCACCAAGGAUAAUUCGCACAACACAAGAAAAUUAUGAGUAUGAACAGAUUUUGAAUCAGUCCAGAAAGAUUAUCACUUACCAGGGACCGACAGAAGAUAUGGUUCGACAGGGUGAAAGCGCAAUACGUCACAGUCGUCUUCUUGUUGAGCAGAUGGAAGCGGAAGCGGAUCGUGCUCCGGAACGUCGUGAUCGUUUGCUGGAUGCUGCGCGUUCGGUAGCCCAGGCAACCAGUCGUAUGAUUGAUGCUACUAAGGUAAAUGCAAUGUUUUUCCGGAAAACUUAUAAAGCCAUUAGUAUUUACUUCGAUCAAGCAGCUGUUAAUGAUUUUACAAGUUUGACAAAAUUUUGGAGCGAGUUUAUUAUUUGUGCACAUCGAUUCAAGCAAACUGAAAGCUUUGGUGCCCAAACUGUGCUGCUUCUCUCCUUUUUUUCGUCGUCAAUACGGCUGGUAACGUUUUAUCCGCAUAAUUCCGCAUGGGCUUAA